AUGGCCCAAGUACCUAUAGACGAGGCGCAUGCUCUCGCAACAUGGCUAUCAUCUAUCUUUCUAGGCGCUCUCAUCGUACUCUACUGUGCUUGUGUCUGGGUGUUGGUGUACAAAGCUGACCGCAUGGGCCCCGUCAAUAUGCCAAUGCUUUUCGCCGCCACCGCCAUGACAGUCGUUGCGAUGGUGCAUAAUGCUGUAUCUGUUCAGCGCAAUGUACAGGCAUUUUUCGGACACGUAGAUGGCAACGCCGUAAAAUAUUUCAUCCUCUCUUCGAAUUUCCCGAACUUGUUCCAGUCGACUCUCUUCGUUAUUCAAGUCCUGAUUGGGGAUUCGAUGCUCAUCUAUCGAUGCUAUAUUGUAUACAGGCGCGACUGGCGUAUCGUUGUGCCGCCAAUCCUGAUGUUCCUGGGCACUGUAGGCGAGUUGUCCAAGUUCACGGCAGUGUCCGAGUUUUCCGUUGUGGAUGCUCGUACGGUCACGAACGAAACAUAUUUUGGAAGUGACGUGCAACCAUGGUCGACAGGCAUGAAGGUUGUGUCGAUGGUCCAAAAUAUAUUCUGCUCUUUCGCAAUUGCCCUUCGCAUAUGGUGGAUUGGUAGACACGGCGGCAGCAAAGUCUACUGGCGCUCAAUUGAACUUAUCCUCGAGAGCGGCAUCAUAUACUUCCUUGUGGUGCUAAUCCUCUUGAUCCUGAAUAUCACGAAACAAAACACAUACGCUAUUCUCUACUACGUUCUGGUACCAGUCAUUGGUAUCAUAUUCACCGGCAUCAUCAUCAGAGUAGGUCUGAGGGAGAGCUCGACAGUGAACUAUGAUUCCACAUCUAUCGCUGCCGACCCGAAUCCAGCUCUGCGAAUCACCUUCGCUGAUCCCACAACCAGCGACACCUUUUACCCCGGGGUUCAUGGCCCGAAGGCGAGGCGGACGAAAAGAGUCGUUAGGAAAGAGGUAUCUACUUCGUCAAUGGGCUCUCAUCUCUCCCCGCAGAGUUCUUUCGCAGAAAAAGAUGAUCAUGAUGAUAGCCAUGAGGAGGCUAUCGCGGUAGAACCUCGCGAGGAGGACCGCGCGCCCUGCUUGGAGCUAGGAUUUUGA